AGCCUUCCCGGCAAAACAACCCCCUUCUCAUAAAUUCUCUCUUCGAGUCUUCUCUUCCUCCAUAUAUUCCGAUCGUCUCCCUUCUCUCUCCUCCACUGAAAAUUCAAACAAAAAAACAAAACCCGAAAAUAAAAAUUACAAAAAUGGAGGUUGACACUCUCACUACCACCAAUGCGCCACCAUUUUCCUUCGCUGACCACCGACAAUGCAACGUACUAACACUGCCGGAGACCGAGUUGCCGACGUGUCAGAAUUGGUUUGAAUCGGUGCAGGAAGAAUUACCGGGGAGUCCGAGCGCUGUUGCCGCGUUGAAGGUGCAGAAGGUGUACAGGAGUUAUCGCACUCGGCGUCGGCUAGCUGAUACCGCCGUCGUCGCCGAAGAACUCUGGUGGCAAGCGAUUGACUAUGCUAGGUUAAACCAUAGUACAAUCUCCUUCUUCAAUUUACCUGAAUCGGCAGCGUCACGUUGGAAUAGAGUCAGCUUGAUUGCCUCCAAGGUGGGUAAGGGUCUGUCCCAGGACUCUAAAGCACAGAAGUUAGCUUUUCAGCAUUGGAUUGAAGCUAUUGAUCCAAGGCAUCGUUAUGGUCAUAACUUGCAUCUUUAUUAUGAUGAAUGGUCGAAUGCAAACUCUGGUCAACCAUUUUUCUAUUGGCUGGAUAUUGGAGAUGGGAAAGAUUUAGAUCUCAAAGUAUGUCCAAGAUCGAAGUUACGUGUGCAAUGCAUCAAGUAUCUUGGACCUCAAGAGAGAGAAUAUUAUGAGUACGUUUUUGUCAAGGGGAAGAUUGUUCACAAACUUACUGGUGAUUGGCUCGAAACAAGGAAGAAAACAUCAGAGGUGACCAAAUGGAUAUUUGUUAUGAGCACCUGCAAGAAACUGUAUUCUGGUGAGAAAAAGAAAGGAAACUUUCAUCACUCUAGUUUCUUAGCUGGAGGAGCUACCGUGGCAGCUGGGCGACUUAUUGUAGAACAUGGUACACUCAAGUCCAUCUCCGCAUACAGUGGACAUUAUCGUCCAACUGAUGACCGCCUUGACGCCUUUCUUUCAGUUUUAAAGGAGAAUGGUGUAGACCUGGAUGAAGUUGAGAUCGAGAGACCAAAUGAAGACUACUCUAGUUAUGAGGACAAUCAAUCCAGUAGUGUGACCAAAACUGAAGCAUCAGAUUCUGAAACACCUGACAGUGAGAAUUCUUUCAAAGACAAAGAAAAAAGUGUGGAACACGAAGCUUCUCUACCUGAGCAGGCUGAAUCCCGAAAUGAAUAUAAGAGAACUUUGUCCGGUGGUCUUCAAAGUCCAAGAACAGAGGUGCCCAAAGAAGCAAUAUUUCAAAGAAUCAAUUCCAAAAAGCUAGAUACAUAUGAACUGGGACAUCAACUAUCAAGGACCUGGUCAACUGGGGCAGGCCCUAGAAUUGGAUGUAUUGCUGACUACCCUUUAGAACUCAGGUUCCAAGCAUUGGAAUUUACCGAACUUUCUCCCAGAAGGCUACCUCCACCUUCACCGCUCAGGCUUGGUGGUGGUUUCGCUCCCCCUUCCAUGACUUCACCAUCAUUAUAGAAAUACUUGUCUGAUUGUUGGAAUUUGGAAUUAUAUGGAGUUCUGAACUUAAUACCUGCACCACAACCAUAAGCAACAGGAAAAAUGGGAAAUCAAACUUAUUUUACAGACAGUCAGCCAGUAAGGUAAAAGUUGGGAUUUCCUCCUACUCUUUCGGGUUUUGAACAUUAUGUCCUGAAUUUGUAUUGUCUAACUAUGCUUUGUGUGAUUUCGGUAAGAAAAAUGAUUUAGUUAAUCCAUUAAAUUGUACUUCCGCUUGUUCUCAUUAGAAUAGAAUGCUAAUAUCAUUACCCCAUCAGUACACUUUGAAUGCUAAUAUCAUUACCCCAUAAGUACACUUUGGUUUCUGA